AUGCAAGUACCGGACCAUCUGUCGGUGACAGGUGCCGACCUCAUGCAGAUUGACCCUUUCAAUAGGCUGAUGAAUAAAUUCGAGUCGACCAGAAAAGCAGUUUUAGAAAAAAUGAGUGUUCCGGAGCACAUCACAAUUAAUGGAAAUUCGACAUUUGUUCCAGAAGAGCGAAGAGUGUUUCGAUCAGCUUCUCUACGAAUGGAAGUUCCAAACCAUCUCAACGUGUUCGACCUUUCUGAAGAUUUAAUGAAUCACAACAAUAAUCAAAAAAUGGUGGUUCCGCCAUCACUAGAAUCAUCAAAUGUAGCGAAUCCAUACGAAGAAGUCAAGUUGAUGCAGAAACGAAUGGUUGGCCUGGUGAACCGACUUGGAGUACUGGAAAGCCAAAUUGUAGCACAAAAGCGAAGAGAAAAGGGUCUUCUGUUGAUGUUGAUUGGAGCCGUUCUUCAUAUUGCAUACAACUACCUCCGACGUUGA